AGUCGAAUCUAUUGCAGUGUCAGCGCAUCUACGUGGCGAUGAUAAUAUUUGAGGUGCGAAGGAGGAGCACGAAUCUAUUCAGGGUGAGACACGUCCACGGAAUCCACGUGUGGGCUGUCACAAAAGAAAACACGCGGGGUUGUGAUGCUUUCAUCAGCCCGGGUGGGAUUUACAGAACACAUCAUGAAAAGACCGCUGACUGCUACCGAGCGAGGUUUGCGAACCAGCGGAGCAGUAAACAUGAUCAUUGCAAGGCUUUUGUUUCUGUUCAUCCUGCCUUUAUUAAGUAUGGGUGCUCCACAAGUCCAAAGCAUCACCAGUGAUGACAUCCUUACAGCAGAGCUUGCUAAUCCAUUUGGACCGGGGGAAGACAAUCGCAGGCUUCUCCAAAGCUACAUCAAGAGCAAAUUAAAGGAUGGACAGACCACUCCAGAACUCAACACAAGGGAACAAGAGGUGUUUUUCCUGUUCUCCUUGUUUGAUUAUGAUAGAAGUGGAAAGAUGGACGGUCUUGAAUUGAUGCAGCUUCUGACAGAUUUUCUAUCUUAUCAUGCAAUAAUGCCAAAGUCAACAGACUCUGUAGUGCCUUUAGUGGAUUACCUUCUGCAAACUCAGGAUCUAAACCAGGAUGGACUACUGGCUCCCUCUGAGCUGCUAUCACCGCCCAUUCUUGACCAUCAGCAAGAAGACAACAUUGUGCCUCCUGAUGUCCAAGCUGAGCCAGUGGAGACAACAAACAGAGAGCAAGCAGAUGCCAUAACAAAGGGCGGAGAUCCUCAAACUCACCAAGAAGAGGCAGAUGUCCAGGACAACAAAGAACCUAAACAGGAACAGCUAGUAGAGCAUGAGAAUGAAACACAACCAGCUCAACAACUGGCCGAGGAACCUGCAGAUAUUAACCAUAUACCAAAAACAGUUGAACAACAGGAUGAACCACAGCCACCAGAAGAGAACUUAUAAGUAUAACAUGCCAGUUUAUCAAGGGUACCCGGAGACAAUGCCAUACAUUAGAAACCAAAGUUUCUCACAUGCAGGGGAGAGCAGGGCACAAAGGAUUUUCAGCAUUCAUUCAAAAUAUUUAAGUUAAUCAACACACGCAUUUCUGCUACAAAUGAACACUUAAAGUUUGUUUGUGGGACCUACCGUUAUUGUACAAUUACACCGAAAGUAACAGGAGUCCAAACGUUAAAACUUACCCAUAGGUGGGGUUUAAUGUAACAAACAACACCUGCUAGAAAAUUCAGUUGAAACCCAAAUAAUUCAAUAAAAUUCAGUCUAUAUACAAAAUGGGGAUAUUGUUUAUAUAUCUGCCUAUAAUAAUAGAUAUCCACACAUUUAUCCAUCCAUGAUCCUUCAUCUAACCAUCCUUGUAUUAUGCAUCAAUGCAUAUAGAUUUUUCUUAAAGCGCUGCUCAAUUAAGAAAAAAAAAUAUUGUCAGUUAUUUUCCCUCAUAUUGUAUAGUUAACAUUUAGAUUAAUAGUAUUUACAUUAUUUUCA